UGUGUCGGGGGGGGGGGGGCGGGGGGGCUCCGCUAUGGAGGCAAAUGGGAGCCCAGGCACCUCGGGCAGCGCCAACGACUCCCAGCACGACCCCGGUAAAAUGUUUAUCGGUGGACUGAGCUGGCAGACCUCACCAGAUAGCCUUAGAGACUAUUUUAGCAAAUUUGGAGAAAUUAGAGAAUGUAUGGUCAUGAGAGAUCCCACAACGAAACGCUCCAGAGGCUUCGGUUUCGUCACCUUCGCAGACCCAGCAAGUGUAGAUAAAGUAUUAGGUCAGCCCCACCAUGAGUUAGAUUCCAAGACGAUUGACCCCAAAGUUGCAUUUCCUCGCCGUGCACAGCCUAAGUUUCUUGAUGAAUCCUCAGCUGCUGGCAGACCUACUUUGAGGCAUCAGCAGGCUCCAUGUCACAUGACCCAAGACUACCAGAUGGUCACAAGAACAAAGAAAAUAUUUGUAGGAGGAUUAUCUGCGAACACUGUAGUGGAAGAUGUAAAACAGUAUUUCGAGCAGUUUGGCAAGGUGGAAGACGCGAUGCUGAUGUUUGACAAGACCACCAACAGGCACAGAGGAUUUGGCUUUGUCACUUUUGAGAAUGAAGACGUUGUGGAGAAAGUCUGUGAGAUUCAUUUCCAUGAAAUCAAUAAUAAAAUGGUAGAAUGUAAGAAAGCUCAGCCGAAAGAAGUCAUGUUCCCACCUGGGACAAGAGGCCGCGCCCGGGGGCUGCCAUACACCAUGGAUGCUUUCAUGCUUGGCAUGGGAAUGCUGGGCUACCCCAACUUUGUGGCAACCUAUGGCCGAGGCUACCCCGGAUUCGCUCCUAGCUAUGGUUACCAGUUCCCAGGCUUCCCAGCAGCAGCUUAUGGACCAGUGGCGGCAGCAGCAGUGGCGGCGGCUCGAGGAUCAGUCCUGAAUAGCUACAGUGCUCAACCGAAUUUUGGCGCGCCCGCUUCCCCGGCAGGCUCCAACCCGGCACGGCCCGGAGGCUUCCCGGGGGCCAACAGCCCAGGACCUGUCGCCGAUCUCUACGGCCCUGCCAGCCAGGACUCCGGAGUCGGGAAUUACAUAAGUGCGGCCAGCCCACAGCCGGGCUCAGGCUUCGGCCACGGCAUAGCUGGACCUUUGAUUGCAACGGCCUUUACAAAUGGAUACCACUGAGCAGGUGCUUCCAUUGCCAGCUUACUCUGAGAGCAUACCUGGAUGUCCAGGCAAGACUGGGCGAAGUUUCUGAGUGGCCCUUUGUUUAGGUGACGCCCUAAGGCCUGGAUCCCCACCAGCCUCACUCCUCAUCCCAACCAGAGGUGGCACACUUCGGAUUGAAGGUUGACUACAUCUCAUCUCACCAAUCGGCUGUAAUAUAAGACAACAGCUUUUAAACGUGUAUAUAACCCAUGGUUUUGGUUUGGUUCCGUUUGUUUUUCUUGGUGGUCUCCCUCUCCCUCCUCGUCUCCCUCCUCCUUUUAAAUCUCCCUCAAUCACAUUUGGUAGUGAUUUUUGACUUAGUCCAGUAGUCACCUAGCUUAAUAUCUAGUUACAAGCUAACCAUAGUAAUACUUGUUAUAUCUUAAGGAAUUUUCUUUCUUUCUUUCUUCCUUUUUUCCUUAAAAAGAAUUUUUGUUUUGUUCUGUUUUGAUUCUGUUCUCACUUUUAAAAGGAUGCUGAGAUGGUGAUGUUAACUCUACAUUUUUGGUACCAAUUCUGAGACUGUAAGAAUCUUCAUCUGGGACUUUAGCACACACUGAAGUGAAAUUGUGCUGUGUGGAGCGGGCAGCGGGCAUAGACUCUGUCUUGUGUCGUAGAAGUGACAUAUAGUUGGCUGCUUAACACUGUCUAGCGGUUCCUUUUUGUGACGUCUCUUUGUUAACCUAAGUAUAUCUAUUUUCGGCAAUAAGGCAAGGACAGCCAUGUUUUGAGGGUCCUCCUUUUCUAUGAGUGCUUUUUUUUUUCUGUUCAAAGAGGUCAUAUUAUAAGGUUUUUUGAAAUUGUGACUUCUAAAAAACAAAAAAACAAACAAAAAAAGAAGAAAUGUUGUAAAUAUAAUCCCAUUAACUACAUAGAAACUAUUAAGAAAGAGAAAAUCAAAAAUAUUUUUGUGAGGGAGUUGCUCCCAGGCAGUUAGGUGCCCUGGAAGGAGGGGAGGGAACCCCAACAAAGCCGGUACUACAACACAAGAGCACCCAGCCGCCAGGGCGACCCGGGACUCCACUCUCAGCUGUUGGUGUGGUAGACCUAAGAACCGCAUUAGCACCCUGCCAGCCUACCAGCCUCUCUGUGCACAGCAUCAAAUAUCAUGGUCAAGCUAGAUUUUUAUUUAAAAUAUAAAAAACUGCUUUUCCCAAGACAAACAUUUUAUAAAAGGAAAAAAAGCUACAAUUUUAAUAUUUAACAUGUUUAAAGUUUCAAAGCACACUUGUUUUGGCUUAGGGGAGGGGCAGGGUGGGGACAUUCUUUUUCAGUCUUAAUUUUUAAAUAUCUGAUCAUUUUAUAUCGUCCAAUCAUUUCAGCACCUCCCAAGGUUCCCAGGAUACUCUGCCUCUCUCCUCACCCUGUCCCCAUCCUGCCCCGAGAGGGGGGCCCAUGGGCCAGGAGUGGAUAAGCCUGCAUGAAUACACCCUUUCUUCAUUCACUUUCUAUUUACAAAUUAGGAAAGCAACUUUUUGGUUUAUGUAUAUAUAUUUUUUUCUUUUUGAUACCUCAGUGCUGCAAGUAUCAUCAGAGAGGCUAUGGAAGAGUUCUUUUUUUCUUUUCUUUUUUUAAUUUAUUGUAGAUGUAAACAGAAUUUUAAAAAUAAAAAGUAUAAACAUCACUGCACUGUGACUGGUGGGAAAACUGACAGUUUCCUGUUUGCACAUGUCUGACGUUUGGCUGUUAUAAUCUAUGGUCCUCAGUUGGGGAAAGACACUUAGGAUGAAGGAUGUUUUUUAAUUUAACUUUCUUUUU